AUGGCACGGUUAGGAAAGAGGUGGCUAGUGAGGUCUAAGACAGUCCCUCUUCCUGCCUAUUGUUUGUUCUCCUCAUAUGCCUUGUCAUCUUACUUGUCUCCUAUUGUCUCCUCCCACAACACACACCAGCCACAUCAUGUGGAUAAGAAAUGAAAGGGUGUGGAAAAUGGUUGCUGAGGUCUUCUCAUGCCCUCUACUCUUUUGUCAAUGUUUUAUGCCUUACACAAUUUGUCCUCCCUAUAGUCUCUCAUCAGACAGAGUAGAUUGUGCUGAUGUACUGUCCUCUGCAAUGACUUGUGUGCUGACUCUAAUCUGGCCCUCUAUAACGUUGUACUCUGUCAGUGUACAGUGAGGGAAAAAAGUAUUUGAUCCCCUGCUGAUUUUGUACGUUUGCCCACUGACAAAGAAAUUAUCAGUCUAUCAUUUUAAUGGUAGGUUUAUUUGAACAGUGAGAGACAGAAUAACAACAAAAAGAUCCAGAAAAACGCAUGUCAAAAAUGUUAUAAAUUGAUUUGCAUUUUAAUGGGGGAAAUACGUAUUUGACCCCCUCUCAAUCAGAAAGAUUUCUGGCUCCCAGGUGUCUUUUAUACAGGUAACGAGCUGAGAUUAGGAGCACACUCUUAAAGCGAGUGCUCCUUAUCUCAGUUUGUUACCUGUAUAAAAGACACCUGUCCACAGAAGCAAUCAAUCAAUCAGAUUCCAAACUCUCCACCAUGGCCAAGACCAAAGAGCUCUCCAAGGAUGUCAGGGACAAGAUUGUAGACCUACACAAGGCUGGAAUGGGCUACAAGACCAUCACCAAGCAGCUUGGUGAGAAGGUGACAACAGUUGGUGCGAUUAUUCGCAAAUGGAAGAAACACAAAAUAACUGUCAAUCUCCCUCGGCCUGGGGCUCCAUGCAAGAUCUCACCUCCUGGAGUUGCAAUGAUCAUGAGAACGGUGAGGAAUCAGCCCAGAACUACACGGGAGGAUCUUGUCAAUUAUCUCAAGGCAGCUGGGACCAUAGUCACCAAGAAAACAAUUGGUAACACACUACGCCGUGAAGGACUGAAAUCCUGCAGCGCCCGCAAGGUCCCCCUGCUCAAGAAAGCACAUAUACAGGCCCGUCUGAAGUUUGCCAAUGAACAUCUGAAUGAUUCAGAGGAGAACUGGGUGAAAGUGUUGUGGUCAGAUGAGACUAAAAUGGAGCUCUUUGGCAUCAACUCAACUCGCUGUGUUUGGAGGAGGAGGAAUGCUGCCUAUGACCCCAAGAACACCAUCCCCACCGUCAAACAUGGAGGUGGAAACAUUAUGCUUUGUGGGUGUUUUUCUGCUAAGGGGACAGGACAACUUCACCGCAUCAAAGGGACGAUGGACGGGGCCAUGUACCGCCAAAUCUUGGGUGAGAACCUCCUUCCCUCAGCCAGGGCAUUGAAAAUGGGUCGUGGAUGGGUAUUCCAGCAUGACAAUGACCCAAAACACACGGCCAAGGCAACAAAGGAGUGGCUCAAGAAGAAGCACAUUAAGGUCCUGGAGGGGCCUAGCCAGUCUCCAGACCUUAAUCCCAUAGAAAAUCUGUGGAGGGAGCUGAACGUUCGAGUUGCCAAAUGUCAGCCUCGAAACCUUAAUGACUUGGAGAAGAUCUGCAAAGAGGAGUGGGACAAAAUCACUCCUGAGAUGUGUGCAAACCUGGUGGCCAACUACAAGAAAACGUCUGACCUCUGUGAUUGCCAACAAGGGUUUUGCCACCAAGUACUAAGUCAUGUUUUGCAGAGGGGUCAAAUACUUAUUUCCCUCAUUAAAAUGCAAAUCAAUUUAUAACAUUUUUGACAUGCGUUUUUCUAGAUUUUGUUGUUGUUAAUCUGUCUCUCACAGUUCAAAUAAACCUACCAUUAAAAUUAUAGACUGAUCAUGUCUUUGUCAGUGGGCAAAUGUACAAAAUCAGCAGGGGAUCAAAUACUUUUUUCCCUCACUGUAUGUGGUGUUUAGGUGGUAGACAUGCUUACUCUUUGGCAUUAUGUAGGCAGCCUAACAGUGAGAAUAAUACAGAUUGCUAAGUGUAGUAAUGCCCCAAUUGGUUAGGGCCAAACCUAUUUGAACGGUGACAGGGUGAGGAUGGAGGCCAACUCAAAAAUGUUGUCAGGAGGCCUAUAUUCCCAAAAUUAUGGUGCAAUUACAUUACACGUUCAAUGUGUCCAGGACAUGGUCCUUAAGCUUCUGGUGUCCAAUUCAAUUUAGGUUUAGGUUAUGUAAUGAUGUCAUGUCAUAGUAUAGUGGGGACCAGGUUAGAGUUACUAGAUAAGUGGCUUGGUGUCACGGAGUCUACAUUCCGUUAUGUCAAAGGAAAUUACUGAUGUUUAUGAUAGCAUGAUUGAUGGACAGGAUAUACUGACUUGGGUUAAAGAGUAAUAACAUCAAAGAAUGGAAGUGACCAUGAUGAUUACCAGAUGUUCGUGGAGAGACUUGUAACAGAGUGUAUAUAUAGAGUAGAGUGGAGGUACGCUGCUUGUAUAGGGCUGGUGGGCGGGACUCCAGGUAAUAGAGGCUCUUCCGAUUGGUCCGUUGUUUGUGUUGUUGCUACAUCAGUGGCUCCUCCGUUCCGACUGGUCUUCUGUUAGAGUAGGGGUUGGGGAUAGGGUGAAAUAGGGUUAGAGUGGAGUAGGGUUAAGGUUAGUUAGGUUUGAAGUUAGAGAUAGGGUUAGGUUAAGGGGGUUAAGGUUAGGGCAGUGUGGAGUUACAGUUGGGUUAGAGUUGGGUUAGUUUAGAGUUGGGGUUAGGGUUAUCCCCACAGCACAGGCACAGCUUUUGGAGUGAGGGUUGACAUUCAUCCCUCGCCCAACCAAAUUUGAUUGGGAGGAACUUCACAGGGACACUCCCAAAUAUCAUAGACGACUCAAACUGCUUGACGACUUUGACUUCAACACAGACGACAACCACCAACCAUUUACCAUCUACAGUGAGGGAAAAAGGUAUUUGAUCCCCUGCUGAUUUUGUACGUUUGCCCACUGACAAAUAUAUGAUUAGUCUAUAAUUUUAAUGGUAGGUUUAUUUGAACAGUGAGAGACAGAAUAACAACAACAAAAAUCCAGAAAAACGCAUGCAAAAAUGUUAUAAAUUGAUUUGCAUGAGGGGAAUAAGUAUUUGACCCCUCUGGCAAAACCCUUGUUGGCAAUCAGCAGGUGGGCAGCGAUAUGGUAUACAUAGAAAAGAGAAAGCUGGUGAUGUUUAUAGCAGGAGCUAUCAAUAGCACUGAUAAAGGAGAGUCUAAAACGGAGAGGAUUAAACUAAUAGUGAAAGCUGCUGGGAGACAUUUGAGUGACAGGGUUGACAUGGGAAGAGGUUCGAGAUGACCUCAAUCAGCCGAUGGUGGAGUCAUGUAUUACUGGAUCUUAGUUAUGGUGGUAGUACUACAAUGGAAUGCUCGACGCCUGUUGGCUAAUGGGCAGGAAUUCAAGCAGUUCAUUGUUGAUACGAUAGCUAAGCCUGAUGUGAUUUGUGUGCAGGAAACAUGGCUCAAACUGAAUGUGGUUUAUCAUACAGGGAUAUGUAGUGGUUCGUAGGGACCGAGAUAUAGGGGGAGGGUGGGUGUGCCACCUUCAUAAAGCAAGGAAUUCCCUACAAAAUGAUAGGCAAAGGUAUUGAACAGGAGUAUGUGGUGGUGGAGGUGUGGAUGAGAGGAGGGGUGGUAGUGAAUUAUUAUAAUCCGUGUCAGAUAUUGGACAUGGAAGUGCUGGAGAGGGUGGAGGGCCAGGAAAGAAGUAAGGUAAUGUGGUGUGGGGAUUUUAAUGCCCACAACACGCUUUGGGGGGGGGGGGGGGGGGGGGGGGGCGGAUGGAUGGAAAUGGCCAAGUGAUGGAAAAUGUGUGCCUGAAUGAUGGCAGAGGGACCAGGAUUGAUGUAGCCACAGGGAAAGAGUCUGCCUUAGACCUCACUCUGGUAUCUAGUGCGAUGGCAGGAAUAUGUGAGUGGGAGGUAUGGGAGGAGUCGACAGUAGGGAGUGAUCAUUACCCCAUUGUAUGCACAGUAGGCCGGAGGGAGGAGGAGGUAUUCGUGGAUGGAGUAGGCAGGUGGGUGUUUGGAAGGGCAAAGUGGGAUCAGUUUCAGGAGCUGCGUGAGCAGGUGAUGGCUAUGAGAGGGGAUGUAGAUAGUAUGAAUAACUGGGUGAGAACAGCGUUAGCGGGGGCAGCUACUGAGGCUAUACCUAAGAGUUCAGGGAGGAGGAGGAGGAGGAAAGCAGUCCCAUGGUGUACGGAGGAAUGUGGGGCAAUGGUGAGGAUUAGGAACAGGGCAUUUAGAGUACUGAAAAGGACGCAUAACUUCCAACAUCUGAUUCAGUAUAAGCAGGACCAGGCCAUGGUGAGGAGAACUAUCCGUCAGGCAAGGAGGUCAUGUUGGCAUCGGUUCUGUGACACCAUUGGAAGGGCGACACCUGUGGGGGAUGAUUAAGAGGAUGAGUGGGAUCAGAAGGGAGUGGGAUUAUCCAGUGUUGACGAGUGGGGAGGAUAUGGCAGUAACAGAUGAGGAGAAAGCAGAGAUGAUGGCCAGAGUUAGAUGUGGUAUCAGUAAUGAUAAAAACAACCAGUUAUUUGAUUUUUAUAGAGAAUAACGGUGCUUGUUGUCUCUGUUUUGUUUGUUAUUAAAGACCACUUGGUCCAGCGAUCGCAGUGUUUUUGGGGCAGCGUUCGGUGCCCCCAGGCAAACUGCAGUCGACGGUGAAGAAGAUCUUGGCCCCGAAGACUGCAGUUCCAAGUAAGUGUCUACACACUGGAGCAUUGUAAUGAGAUCUCAAUCUUUUUUUGACAACCAUUUAUCUCAUACUCUGUUCUUUUUGUCGUAAAGGGCUGUCUGCUUCCCGAACAGAUCUGCGACCAGCUCUGCAACCCGCAGAGACCUCAGAUGCAGAGCUGGUCGUUGUGGCCAUAGAAGUUGAAAAGUGUAAGUUAAUUACUGCAAUAAUGAUAUUUUUAAAUCAAGUUUUGGAUUCUGACUGACGGAAAUAACCUUUUUAUGUAAUGUAACCUAUUUUGUUUUGUCGCUGUAAUAUUCAUCAGACUAAGGAAGGUACCUUGGGUAAGGUAGGUUUGAGUGAGAAACUCCAUAUCAAAGCAUUUCCUGUCAUGGUGCUGGUAUCCCCCUCCAUUAUUUUCCAACUUUGAUACUCAUAUUAUUUGUAGUUGGCACUUGGUAUCACUCUCCAUUCUUUUCCAACUUUUAUACUAAUAUUAUUUGUAGUUGUUACUUGGUAUUUUCAUGAUGUUACUCUCACAUUGUGAAAAAAUGUGCCAUGUUAUUUAAAAAAAAUCUAUAACAUAGAUUAGAUUCCGAACACAUUGUGACAUUGUUUCCACUCCAAUGCUCUUUUCCAGUGUUUUCCUGCUUUUCUGACAUCAACCUGAGCUUAACUUGUUUCAAUUCCCUAACCCUAAAUCAAUAUAUUGCUUUAACUGAUUCUGUUGUCCUGAUCACAUCCUUGGGGAGCAUAAUCAUCACUUUUUGCUGAUUUAUGUAUUAGGUAUGAAGCCUUGAACGUACAGGUCCCUGCACCACUGCCUCCUGCCUCCCGUCCAGCUGAUGACCCAUCCCGUGCCUCCCUGGACCGGGACCCCCUGAAUCUAUCCCAGGCUUCUGUCCAUACCCUGGUGGGGUGAAGAGAAGAAGAGGGGGAUGUGCCCCGGCUGUCCUUCCUGCCUCCAAGGCCUGCCCAAGAAAGUGCUGAGGUGAAUAAAGUAACAUCGCAAAUCUUACAAAAGGUAAUUGGAUAUUUUUAUUGUGUCAUGCUGGAAAAUGAAUCUUCCAUUUAUUGUACUUUGAACUCUCUUUAACUCCUCUCUCUUAAUGCAGCUGCAGCUUCCAGAGAGCUAGCGGGAAACUCUCAACAAGGAGCAGCAGCGGUGGAUUGGCUGGACACUGUUUACCAGGAGCAGCUCAGGGAGGUCCUUAUUCAUCACAGACUUGCGUCCGUGGUGGUACCCUCCCCGACCCCUUCUUUGCAUGUCCGCUGUUCCUCUGGAUGCCCGUUCGUAUGUGGGCAUUCAAGCUGACAUGCACCCAGCCUGUGUGUAACACCACCCUCACCAACGCUGGGCUUUACAAGACUAUCCGGAGGGUCUUGGACAUCAAGGGUUGGUAUCUCAUGGCCACUGAGUACCUGGAGUGCCCACGGUGUAAGAAGAAGGUGGCGGGCUGGUCGCAGGACGUCCUGGGUCAGCUGGACCCUGCGCAUCGCUGCCAGUUUCCAGCGAUUCUGACCUACAGGUAAGUGUUAAAAUGCAUAAUUUUAUUUUUACUGCUGUAAGACAGUUGAGUACACUAAAUGUCCCUCACCCUUUUCUCACUGCCCCUCUCUCCAGGCAUUCCUGUGACCUGGCAGUUGUGGGAAUGCUGAGGGAGCGUGAUUUGGGGAACAGUGCAACUCAGCUAUACAACAAGCUGUGUGAGGGCCACAGCGAAGCCUGGAUGCGACGGUCCAUACAGUACCUCGGCGAGUUCGAGCACUUCCUGGCCUCGGGCACCAUCCGGCCACAGUUCCCACCACUACCAGAAAUGCUGGUGGUGCCCUCACCCGUCUGGCUGCUGACAGUGUACAGCAUGGAUGUGCUGUCGCGGCUUGCCGAGGUGAAGGCCAGGGUUACCUCUGUCUUCAGGUCCAUCUUAAAGAUGGACUCCACGAAGAAGGUAACACUUUUGUCACACCAUAUUGAAAGUAUUCCAUCAUUUCAUUCCUCCGCAUCCCACUGAUGCUCACUCUCUCCCCCUCUCUUUCUCUUUUCAGGUGACCAAGAAGCUCGCCGGUUAUGCUUCGGACACGGCUGCCUGGGCCACAAACGUGGGGAAUGAACACGGGCAUGUCCUCAACCAUGUCCUCACUGCUGGUGAGGGCGAGGGCCUUAUGAAGCGGUACCAACUCACUGGGGUACCACCCCCCCAGCUCAUGUACGUGGACCGGGACUGUUGCUCCAGCUUUGGCGGAUCGAAGACAGCUUCCAUGUUUCCUGAAUGGGACCAGCUCGUGGUUCGUUUUGACAUCUGGCAUCUGCUGCUGCGGUUCGUAGCAGGUGUCACCACCGAAAGCCACCAGCUGUAUAGGGCCUUCAUGCGGUAGCUGUCGUCCUGCAUUUUUGAAUGGGAUGCAGGAGAUGUCCGUCAACUGCUGGAGGCCAAGUGGUCCGAGCUGGGGAAGCUGCGAAUGGUUGGCCUUAUUGACACAGAGGUCUACAGCCACUUGGGGAGGAGGGAGAUGACUCUUCACACAACGACAGAAGCAGCCUUUGCUCUGCUACAGUGGCAACCUGCAGCACUCCCUCACCCAGCUCAGUCAAAGGGUGCAUGGCUCAGGUCAGGUUGAGGACUUCACCAAGCCUGGUGUGUACACAGGUACGUUGAUCAUGUCAUAGGUUUGUGUAAACGUGUGAUGCGUUUUUAUGUCAUUAAGCUUUGUGUGCUCUCCCACUACAUCGCAGGGGAACUCAUUGGUGUUGAGUACCUGUACGCCCAGACCACCGAGGGACCCUUGGAGGACGAGUGAUUUCAGGAGGCCAGUCGCCUCGUCCUCCACCUCUGUGGCAGCCCGGUCAGGUGCCUCGUCCGCCACCGGCUGUGACCCUCCUGAGGCCCCUGAACACCAGGAUUCUCCUCCCUCUGACUCCUCCUCAGGCUCUGAGGACAUUGUAUGUGACCAAUAACAUUGGAGUAGUAUUACAUACAAAAUAACAGAUGUGUUAUUACAGGGAGGGGGAUGAAUAGGAGAUAGGUCAGCUAGUUUGCUUUCCAGUGCACAGGCCUAAAACACAAUGCUAUUCAAAACCUAGCCUUAACCACAAACCCCUUACCUUAACUCUAACCCUAUUUAGGAGCUCAAAGGAAUAAGUAAACUCAUAUAGGGAGGGAUUUCCCCUCCACCUGUUGGACCAGAAGUAAUGUUACCAACACUGCUUAAAAUCAUUAGGAGCUAUAAGGAGUCAGUCAACUAACUGGUCAGUCAAGUCAUAUAGGGAGGGCUUUCAUUGCCACCUGCUGGAUCAGAAAUAAGGGAGGGGGAUGAAUAGGAGAUAGGUCAGCUAGUUUGCUUUCCAGUGCACACAGGCCUAAAACACAAUCCUAUUCAAAACCUAGCCUUAACCACAAACCCCUUACCUUAACUCUAACCCUAUUUAGGAGCUCAAAGGAAUAAGUAAACUCAUAUAGGGAGGGAUUUCCCCUCCACCUGUUGGACCAGAACUAAUGUUGCCAACACUGGGCUUAAAUUCAUUAGGAGCAAUAAGGAAUAAGUCACCUCAUCAUUCAAUACUUUUUUGGUUACUACAUGAUUCCAUAUGUGUUAUUUCAUAGUUUUGAUGUCUUCACUAUUAUUCUACAAUGUAGAAAAUAGUAAAAAUGAAGAAAAACCCUUGAAUGAGUAGGUGUUCUUAAACUUUUGACCGGUAGUGUAUAUCUGAACUGAAGGGACUGAUGGAGAGGGAUGCUAAAUGGGGAAAUAGGUGAAAAAGUAGGAGGGGUGGAGAGGAGGGGGCAGAUACAAGAGUUACAUGUUUUGCUGUGUCAUCCAGUAGUUUUUCAACCUAAACAUUUGGUUUGUAUUUAUUCAGCCAUACACACUGUAUACACACAUACAUUCACUAAUAGAUGCAUACACAAGUUAUUCCCUAGAUCUGGUGGAUAACCUGCUACUUUGUCUGUUAUGACUCAAUAACUCAGGCGACAUGAGCACAUGGUUGGAUGAAAACACCUAUUCCAAAUGGGUCAGAGUCUUGUUUUCUGUGUCUAGGUAUUACUCGUUGAUUUAGGAUUGUCUUGAACUACAGUAGAUGUUCUGUCUGAUUAACAGUCAACUGAAUGUAGGACAGUGGAAGUGGUGUCAAACAAACCAAACUCAUGUUUUCCUGACCCCUCAAUGUUGUUUUGUGUGCUCUGGGUAGUUUUAGGACAUCAGUUUAUCCUUCCCAAACCCCAAUAUUAACCAUAAUCUGGGAAACACACAUCUGGCCUCAGAUCAACAUCUAGACUCUAGGGACAUUGGCUUCAUCUAACUCUGCUUUGUGUUUAUUUUCAAAGCUGUUCCUGGUUUCCCUGUCCUUUGUGUACUUCGCCAAAGACUUCGGGGGAAGCUACAUGAAGAGUUCUAUCACCCAGAUAGAGAGACGCUUCGACAUCCCAAGCUCACUCAUAGGAUUCAUCGAUGGCAGCUUUGAGAUGGGUAGACCUAAAUCCUAAUUUCCUAAGUACCUAGUCCUAAAGCCGUAUUUACCCAGUCCCCGAAAUCAAUAGAUGAUGUUUAUUGUUCUUCAAGAGGACAUCAACCCCUCGCCCUUAGCCCGAGAUACUUGUCCUGAACAUCUGAAAGUGUGUAAGCAGUACAGUUAUAGGGCUCCACCUAUUUUGGGUGUUUUUAUGUGUGGUCUUGCUGCACAACCAAAAUUCCUCUGGGACAAAUAAGGUUGAAAGUUAAAGCACUGUGAUGGGCUAGGUUGAAUUUUCUCACAAUCCUUUCAGAUAUAUAAUCCAAGAAAUAUAGGGGUUUAUUUGAUUCUGAACAAUAAAAGCCUGUGCCCUGUGAGGUUUUGCCUUUUAACUUUAGCUCCAUAAACAUUACUCAUUGAUUAUACCAUGGUUGUUUCUUCUCUCUCCUACCAGGUAACCUGCUGGUGAUAGCAUUUGUGAGUUACUUUGGGGCGAAGCUCCACAGGCCCAGACUGAUAGGGAUUGGCUGUCUCAUCAUGGCUGCUGGGGCCUUCCUCACCGCUCUGCCACACUUCUUCCAGGGAAAGUAAGUCUACCUCUUAUUUGGUUUAUUGACUAUCUAUAGACUGUAUAUUUGUGCAUAGUAUAACCAUGUAAGUAAACAUAAGGCGUGACAAUAAAGAAUUUAAAGAAAAUCUUAACACUUCUGAAGAAGUGGUACAAAAAGCAACAAAGAAAUGCUUGGAUAUAAAGAAGGGAUAUGUGGCUUCACAUAACUUCUCAAAACUACUGUACCACUUUAUAGAGGAAAGAUACAUUUCAUUUCUUUCCCAUGCAGGUAUGUAUAUGAAACAACCCUGUCACAUAUACCUGAGGAAAACACUACAGAGAGUAUUCUGCCUUGUCUGGCCAACACGAGUCAUCUUGUCAUAAAUGAUCAGGCUACAGCUGCGAGUAAAGCAGGUAACGAGUCAAUCACCAUCACUACAGCAUCAGUCUGGCUGUGUCUGGGAACCUUGUUAGGUAAAUGAUUCUUAUGAAUUUAAGUGUAGAUAAAGUAUUACAGGCAAACCAGAUGAGGCUAAUGGGAGGAGCUAUAGGAGGACGGGCUCAAUGGAAUAUAUGGAAUGGAAUAAAUGGAACGGUAUCGAACCUAUGGAAAGUACGUUUGACUCCGUUCCAUUCAUUCCAUUCCAGAAAAGUUGAUGCUACCCUAUCCUAGUUAUAUAAGCAAUUUUUUCCCAAAUCCUGGUCCUAGGAACCCAAAAUGGUGUACUUUUUUGUUUUUGUCCUAGCCCUAACACACCUGAUUUAAAUGAAAGGAUUGUUGAGUAGAUCAGUUGAAUCAAGUGUCUUAUUAAUAGGGCAAAAACAAAAAUGUGCACCCCUUUGGGUCCCCAGGAUUAAGAAACAGUGUUCUAAGGAGAAAUUGUGUUCCCACAACGUGUGAGAAGGAGGCAGGCUCGUCCAUGUGGAUCUAUGUAUUCCUGGUUAACAUGCUGCGUGGGAUUGGAGAGACGCCUGUCAUGCUUUUAGGAGUGUCCUAUCUGGACGACUACGCCCGAAAGGAGAACAAUGCCAUCUAUCUUGGUUAGUAAAAAAAAAACUGUCAGGUGUACCAUAUCAACAUUGGAUAGUAAACAUAUUUUUACACUAUACUGUAUCUCUUCAACCUCUUCCAUACCACAUCGCUCCCGGUUGAAGUUUCCCCUAAGCGUAGGUCUAGGAUUCCCCUCCUCAAUCCUAAACUUAACCAUUAGUGGGGGAAAUGCAAAACUGACCCAAGAUCAGCAACUUGGGGCAACUUUACCCAACACUUAACACAUCAAAAUGUGAGCUGGUGUAACUUGAUUUGUAUCAAACUGUAUUUUAGUCUGGCAAAUCAUGUUAACCUUGGUUAGAAACAACCUUUUCAGGCAUUCCAUAUCAAAAUCUUCUAUCCUACAAAUAUCAGUAGCUGAUUUAGAUGUAUCAGCUAUGGCAAACCAUAUGACAAACGAAUAUGGCCAAACUACUGAUCGGACUUCAGUUAAAUCUAUUGUCUUCUCUUUUGCUUGAACUGUAUCUGACCAACUCUCUCUGUCUCCUCUUCCUCAGCAUGUUUACAGACUGUUGGCAUCCUGGGGCCUGUAUUUGGCUUCACGUUUGGCGCCUUCUGUGCCAAGAUAUAUGUGGAUAUUGGCUCUGUGAAUUUAGGUAACCAACCCUUGAAUUAACAAAUCAUACAUUGUCUAUUUUAUAUAAGCUGUCUUGUGCAAAUCAAGAAGAAGAUCACGUGGUCUGCGGUUGUGAGGACGGUUGGACGUACUGCCAAAUUCUCUAAAACGACAUUGCCUCCUCGGCUUAUGGUAGAGGAAUUAACAUUAAAUUCUCUGGCAACAGCUCUGGUGGACAUUCUUGCAGUCAGCAUGCCAAUUGCAUGCUCCCUCAAAACAUGAGACAUAUGUGGCAUUGUGUUGUGUGACAAAACUGCCCAUUUUAAAGUGGCAUUUUACUGUCCACAGCACAAGGUGCACCUGUGUAAUGAUCAUGCUGUUUAAUCAGCUUCUUGAUAUGCCACACCUAUCAGGUGGAUGGAUUAUCUUGGAAAAGGAGAAAUGCUCACUAACAGGGAUUUAAACAAAUUUGUGCACAACAUUUUAGAGAAAAAAGCUUUUUGUGCGUAUGGAACAUUUCUGCGAUUUUUUUUCUUUCUAUCAGAUCAUGAAACGUUGGACCAACACUUUACAUGUUGCGUUUAACUUCUGUGAUGUUGCUAAAUCAUGGGAGAGGAUAGUUGUUUGUGUAUGGUCUGUUUGCUGAUGGGUCAUCUCGGUUUAUUGGUUGGGACCUGUUGGGUGCUGAAGGUCAUUUCUAAACCGAGAGACAUUUAAAUCUGUUUUCAUUAAGAUAGGAAUUAGCCUAUCUACACUACAUGACCAAAAGUAUGUGGACACCUGCUCGUCGAACAUUUCAUUCCAAGAUCGUGGGCAUUAAUAUGGAGUUGGUCCCCCCUUUGCUGCUAUAACAGCCUCCACUCUUCUGGAAAGGCUUUCCACUAGAUGUUGGGACAUUGCUGCGGGGACUUGCUUCCAUUCACAAGAGCAUUAGUGAGGUCGGGCACUGAUGUUGGGCGAUUAGGCCUGGCUCGCAGUCUGUGUUCCAAUUCAUCCCAAAGGUGUUCAACGGGGUUGAGGUCAGGACUCUGUGCAGGCCAGUCAAGUUCUUCCACACCGAGCUCAACAAACCAUUUCUGUAUGGGCCUUGCUUUGUGCAUGGGGGCAUUGUCAUGUUGAAACAGGAAAGGGCCUUCCCCAAACAGUUGCCACAAAGUUGGAAAAACAGAAUAGUCUAGAAUGUCAUUGUAUGUUGUAGCGUUAAGAUUUACCUUCACUGGAACUAAGGGGCCUAAACCGAACCAUGAAAAACAGCUCCAGACCAUUAUUUAUUCUCCAUCAAACUUUACAGUUGGCACUAUGCAUUCGGGCAGGUAACUUUCUCCUGGCAUCCGCCAAACCCAGAUUCGUCCGUCGGACUGCCAGAUGGUGAAGCGUGAUUCAUCACUCCAGAGAACGCAUUUCCACUGCUCCAGAGUCCAAUGUCGGCGUUCUGUGAGCUUGUGUGGCCUACCACUUCGCAGCUGAGACAUUUUUGCUCUUUGACGUUUCCACAUCAUAAUAACAGCACUUACAGUUGACCGGGGCAGCUCUAGCAGGGCGAACUGACUUGUUGGAAAGGUGACAUCCUAUGACGGUGCCACGUUGAAAGUCACUGGGCUCUUCAGUAAGGCCAUUCUACUGCCAAGGUGACGUGUAUGCGGUGAACGAAGUCAAGCGCAGGACACCGAGCUACUGGCAGACGUACUUUACUAGCACAGUAAAGGAACAUACAAAACAAAACCUCUUAACAGGGAGGAACAAUAUGCGCAUACAAACAGCAACUGCCGACCUCACGGAAAACAAUCACACACAACAAACAAUGAGAGACAGGGAUACUUAAAGGGAAUUCAAUGUAACAUAAUGGGAAACAGGUGUAAACAAUAAAGACCAAACAAGACAAACACCGAAACAUCGAUCGGUAGUAGCUAGAACUCUGGGGACGACGAACGCCGAAGCCUGCCCGAGCAAGGAGGAGGAGCAGCCUCUGCUGAAUCCGUGACAUGAACGCUAUGAUCCCACAUUGAUGUCACUUGUUAAAUCCUCUUCAAUCAGUGUAGAUGAAGUGGAAGAGACAGGCUAAAGAAUGAUUUUUAAGCCUUGAGACAAUUGAGACAUGGAUUGUGUGCCAUUCAGAGGGUGAAUGGGCAACUCAAUAUUAGGAAGAUGUUCUUAAUGUUUUGUACACUCAGUCUUAUCGAAUUGCAUUUUAAUGAAAAAAUAUUUGCUUAGGAUCUCACCUGGUGAAGGCCACAGGAUUGAAAAUGAAUGAAUGCAACAACCAUGUCUCUGUCACUAACAAAUACAGUAAUUGGUGGUAACUCUACAUUUUACACAAGGCAAGGCACACUGGGAAAUAUGCAAAUAAGGCUUUACACUAAGCAAAGUGUUAAUUUAACACUGAAAAGGGUGGACCCGUAUAGACACUGGAACAGUGUUAAAUGUAACACUCUCAGCGUUUAUUCAACUGGAGAAUUUGUUUUGUACAAACAUUAGUAAUGAUGCUCCUUAGAGAGCUAAGACUACCAGGGAUUUCUGUAGAGCUAAUUGAGCCAUAUAACUGAUUCUCCAUAUUUUGAGCAUUAUUUGAUAACAUUGAUAUUAUUGAUAUUAUUUCAGAUUAUAAAUUCAGCUGUCCAGUUAGUUAUUUUAAGGGAAUGUCUGAUCAAUUGACCAUGUUCACCAUCAUAUUCACCCACAUCUUUAUCUCUGUCCUACCCACAGAGAGCAUCUCCAUCAACCACAAGGACUCUCGCUGGGUGGGAGCCUGGUGGUUAGGCUUCCUGGUAUCUGGCUUCCUGAUGCUCCUGGCUGGGAUUCCAUUUUGGUUCCUCCCCAAUACUCUGCCUAAGCAGGGCAAGAGCCCCAGCAAAAAGAAACAGAAGGAGGACACACAGGCCAAGAACUCCUCUGACACCCAAGAGGAGGAGCAGGAGCAGGGCAGUUUCCUACCAGAGGACAAUACUGAGGAGGAUGCACCAAAGCCUGUCACCAUGGCUGCCAUGGCUAAAGGUAUUGUGGGAUUGGUUCCAUUUAGAUUCCUAGCCCCUUCACCUAGCUUCAGAGAAGGUGGGAUAGGUGCUGGAAGUAGUAAUGACUCCACCUUGCCCAAAAUUGAGUUUCUGCUAACUAACCUUCAUCUGUCCAAUACUUUCAAAUCUGUGAUCACAGUUGUUAGGUGCUGGGGAAAGAGGUUAGUGACUAAUGGAACUGGGGCAGUAGAAUUCUUGCAGUGUCCUCAAUCAUUGAUGGACAUUACAGCCUAGACAAACCUGACCCAGAGUCUGACCACUGACCCUUAACAGACCCCCACACCUGACCCCAUUUAAUCACUAAUUUAUGCGAGCUAUAACACAGACACCUUAGUGCUGGUCACUUAUGCUUUGGCCACUACUUGCGACAGUACAGACUCUGACUGCAGCCAAAUGAUUACAAAUACAACAUUCCAUCGACCACAUUUAAUUUAUAUGGUGGAUACCUUAUCUAUGAAAUUAUACUAGAGUGAUCAAUGUAUUGUUGAAGCAUGAUACACCCUAAAAACAUUUGAUUUUCCUGCCUCCAACUAUUUUGAUGCUACUGAAUAUUACAAUAUGCCUUUCUCAAUGCUUUCUGAAUUGUAUUAUUUAUUGUUAUUUCCAGAAUUUGGGCCGUCCCUGAAAAGACUGUUGCUGAACAAAGUUUACCUGCUGAUCAUCCUGACGUCCGUGGUGGCAUUCAAUGGCUUCAUAGGGAUGAUCACCUUCAAACCCAAGUUCAUGGAGCAGGUCUACGGGCAGUCUCCCUCCAAGGCAAUCUUCUUGAUAGGUAGGCUACAGUACAGGAGGCACACACACACACAGACACUUUAUCUCUCCUUUACUCUCCUUCACUCAGAAGAAAGCCGAAGCAAUGUUGUCAUUGAAAGAACAUGUGACUGAGAUUAACAUGACUACAAGUUUGUGUGUACAUGUGCGGGCGGCAACUUUAAACUGAAAGAGCACUCUGAACUGUUAUUAGAUAGUACAGUAGCUAACCUGAUUACUCACCACCACGAGUAUCUAGCUCAUACUGUACAUGACUGUCAUGCAACACCUUUCCCACACAACUUAUACUCUCAGCAGUAACAUUAGUGUGUUUACAAUACUCUGCUAUGCAUUAGUUUUACACAUGCUAGACAUUAUAAAUCAUACUGAAACACAUUUAUCCAUCUAUGCUUCCAAACUGAAUAUAUUCUACUACAUUCCUGACAGUCAUUACAAAUCUUUCUAUUUAGCCUUUUGUGUUUGUUUGUAAUGUAUGUGGUUGUAAAAUGUGAUGCAUGGCAAAUGUACUACAAACUUGACUUGUCUGUCUCUGUCCAGGUUCGAUGAACCUGCCUGCGGUGGGAAUUGGGGUCAUCGUGGGAGGCUAUGUGAUGAAGCGGUUCAAGCUGAGUAUUCUGGGAGCAGCCCGACUCUCCAUCUCCUCCUUCCUCUCCUUCUGCCUCCUGCUCAUCCAGUACUUCCUACAGUGUGAAAACUCAGAGGUGGCUGGCCUCACCAUGACCUAUAAAGGGUAAGCACUGUAGUUCAUAAUAUGCUAGUGCUAUCAGAAAGUAUUCAUACCCCUUGACUUUUUCCACAUUUUGUUGUGUUACAGCCUGAAUUUAAAAUGGAUCAAAUUCAGAUUUUUUUUCUGGCCUACACACAAUACCCUAUAUUGUCAAAGUGGAAUUAUGUUUUUCAAAAUGUUUACAAAAAACGAAAAGCAGAAAUAUCUUGAGUCAAUAAGUAUUCAACCCCUUUUUUAUGUCAAGCCUAAAUUUGUUCAGUAGCACAAAUUUGCUUAACAAGUCAACAUAAUAAGUUGCAUGGACUCACUCUGUGUGCAAUAAUAGUGUUUAAGAUGAUUUAUGAAUGACUACCUCAUCUGUGUACCCCACACAUACAAUUAUCUGUAAGAUCCCUCAGUCCAGCAGUGAAUUUCAAACACAGAUUCAACCACAAAGACCAGGGAGGUUUUUCCAAUGCCUCGCAAAGCAGGGCGCCUAUUGGUAGAUGGGUAAAAGUAAAAAAAGCAGACAUUGAAUAUCCCUUUGAGCAUGGUAAAGUUAUUAAUUACACUUUGGAUACUGUAUCAAUACACCCAGUCACUACAAAGACCCAGGUGUUCUUCCUAACUCAGUUGCCGGAGAGGAAGGAAACCACUCAGGGAUUUCACCAUGAGCCAAUGUUCCUGAGUGGCAAGACCCGGAAAUGGUUGUCUAGCAAUGAUCAACAACCAAUUUGAAAGAGCGUGAAAAUAAUAAUGGGCAAAUGUUGCACAAUCCAGGUGUGGAAAACUCUUAGAGACUUACCCAGCAAGACUCACAGCUGUAAUUGCUGCCAAAGAGGCAUCUACAAAGUAUUGACUCAGGGGUGGGAAUACUUAUGUAAAUUAGAUAUUUAAUUUUCAAUACAUUUGCAAAAAUGUCUAAAAACAUGUUUUCACUUUGUCAUUAUGGAGUAUUGUGUGUAGAACAAAUGUAUUUAAUCCAUUUUGAAUUCAGGCUGUAACACAACAAAAUGUGGAAUAAGUCAAGGGGUAUGAAUACUUUCUGAAAGCACUGUAAAUAAAGUAAUGUUGGGUUAAGGUUAGUUCCUCUCCUUCUGCCUCCUGCUCAUCCAAUACUUCCUACAGUGUUGUCCUACCAAGGGUAAAUACAUGUACUCUAGUUCAUAUUACGUUAAUAGAGUAAAUUAUUUAGUAGAAAUGUUGUAAUAGCUAGAGACUUACUGUUUAUACACUGAUUCUAAGAGAAGGCCUAAAGCACAGUGUGAGUGUGCUUCAUCAAAUAUUAUAUUUGAUUGCUACAAAAUCUGAUUUCGCUUGACUAUUGCUAUUGCUAUUGCUACUAAAUUAGAUAAUAUAAGAUAACAAAAUACAAACUUUGAUCUUUGUCUUCAUUAUCUAUGCACUGCCAUAUAAAACAGUUAACACAAAACAUUGUCAUGCUUUUGACUCAUAGCUACAUUGUUACCUUUGUCUCCCAGGGCUCCAGAGGUGUCUUACCAGCAGGAGAGCUUGCUGUCUCAGUGUAAUAUGGGCUGCUCCUGUUCCCUGAAACACUGGGACCCUGUGUGUGCCAGCAAUGGCAUGACCUACGCCUCCCCCUGUCUUGCUGGCUGCCAGACCUCCAUUGGCGUAGGCAAGGAGAUGGUGAGACAUCUCAUGACUAAAUGUCUAAAUGUGUUCUUAGUUACUCUCAACUCCUCCUACCUUGUUUAUUUACACAUACAGUAGAUCUCACUUUUAAAACACAAUACUCUCUUUAGGAACACUAUGUGUGUCCAUAAGGAUAACAUAUGAGUGUAGAACUCCAGUGAACACUUCUGAAUGUUAUAUACUAUACCACACAAUCAGGUGUGUUAGUACCGGGCUGGAGCAAAAACCUGCACACCCUGUGGGUCGAACCCAUAACCAACUUUGAUGAAUUUAAAGUCACUGUUUCUCCUUCUGUUUUUCUAUCUUCUCCCUCUCCUCCACAGGAGUUCCAUUACUGCACAUGUAUGGGGGAGCUGAAGGGGAAAAUGUUGGCUCUACCAACCAACAUGUCAGUGAUCUUGGGCCAGUGCCCCAGGAAGAGUGACUGUGACAGGAUGAUUAAGUUCUACAUGGCUGUCUCUGUCCUGGGGGCCUUCGUCUCUGACUGUGGGGGCACAUCUGGAUAUAUCGUCCUGCUCAGGUAAAACAAGACAAUAGGAUGGAUGGAACUGCCCAGUUGUAGAAACAGUACCCAAUUGUCAUACUUGAGUAAAAGUAAAGAUACCUUAAUAGAAAAUUACUCAAGUAAAAGUGAAAGUCACCCAGUAAACUAUUACUUGAGUAAAAGUCUAAAAAUAUUUGUUUUGAAAUAUACUUAAGAAUCAAAAGUAAAUGUAAUUGGUAAAAUAUACUUAAGUAUCAAAAGUAAAAGUAUAAAUAAUUUCAAAUUAAGCAAAUCAGAUGGCAAAAUAUAUAUUUUAUUUAUUUAUUUACAGAUAGCCAGGGGCACGCAACACUCAGACAUAAUUUACAAAUGAAGCGUUUGUGUUUAGUGCAGUGGUGUAAAGUACUAAAGUAAAAAUACUUUAAAGUACUACUUAAGUCGUUUUUGUGGUAUCUGUACUUUAUUUACUGUUUAUAUUUGACAACUUUUAUUUUUACUUCACUACAUUCCUAAUGAAAAUAAUGUACUUUUUACUCCAUACAUUUUCCCUGACACCCAAAAGUACUAGUUAGCAGAACAGGAAAAUGGUCCAAUUUACACUUAUCAAGAGAACAUCCCUGGUCAUCCCUAGUGCAUCUGAUCUGGCAGACUCACUAAACACAAAUGUUUCAUUUGUAAAUUAUGUCUCAGUGUUGGAGUGUGCCCCUGGCGAUCCGUAAAUAAUAAUAAAAAAAAGAAAAUGGUGCCUCUGGUUUGCUUAAGAUAAGGAAUUUGAAAUUAUUUAUACUUUUACUUUUGAUACUUACAGUGGGGAAAAAAAGUAUUUAGUCAGCCACCAAUUGUGCAAGUUCUCCCACUUAAAAAGAUGAGAGAGGCCUGUAAUUUUCAUCAUAGGUACACGUCAACUAUGACAGACAAAAUGAGAAUUUUUUUUUCCAGAAAAUCACAUUGUAGGAUUUUUUUAUGAAUUGAUUUGCAAAUUAUGGUGGAAAAUAAGUAUUUGGUCAAUAACAAAAGUUUCUCAAUACUUUGUUAUAUAGCCUUUGUUGGCAAUGACACAGGUCAAACGUUUUCUGUAAGUCUUCACAAGGUUUUCACACACUGUUGCUGGUAUUUUGGCCCAUUCCUCCAUGCAGAUCUCCUCUAGAGCAGUGAUGUUUUGGGGCUGUCGCUGGGCAACACGGACUUUCAACUCCCUCCAAAGAUUUUCUAUGGGGUUGAGAUCUGGAGAUUGGCUAGGCCACUCCAGGACCUAGAAAUGCUUCUUACGAAGCCACUCCUUCGUUGCCCGGGCGGUGUGUUUGGGAUCAUUGUCAUGCUGAAAGACCCAGCCACAUUUCAUCUUCAAUGCCCUUGCUGAUGGAAGGAGGUUUUCACUCAAAAUCUCAUGAUACAUGGCCCCAUUCAUUCUUUCCUUUACACGGAUCAGUCGUCCUGGUCCCUUUGCAGAAAAACAGCCCCAAAGCAUGAUGUUUCCACCCCCAUGCUUCACAGUAGGUAUGGUGUUCUUUGGAUGCAACUCAGCAUUCUUUGUCCUCCAAACACGACGAGUUGAGUUUUUACCAAAAAGUUCUAUUUUGGUUUCAUCUGACCAUAUGACAUUCUCCCAAUCCUCUUCUGGAUCAUCGAAAUGCACUCUAGCAAACUUCAGACGGGCCUGGACAUGUACUGGCUUAAGCAGGGGGACACGUCUGGCACUGCAGGAUUUGAGUCCCUGGCGGCGUAGUGUGUUACUGAUGGUAGGCUUUGUUACUUUGGUCCCAGCUCUCUGCAGGUCAUUCACUAGGUCCCCCCGUGUGGUUCUGGGAUUUUUGCUCACCGUUCUUGUAAUCAUUUUGACCCCACGGGGUGAGAUCUUGCGUGGAGCCCCAGAUCGAGGCAGAUUAUCAGUGGUCUUGUAUGUCUUCCAUUUCCUAAUAAUUGCUCCCACAGUUGAUUUCUUCAAACCAAGCUGCUUACCUAUUGCAGAUUCAGUCUUCCCAGCCUGGUGCAGGUCUACAAUUUUGUUUCUGGUGUCCUUUGACAGCUCUUUGGUCUUGGCCAUAGUGGAGUUUGGAGUGUGACUGUUUGAGGUUGUGGACAGGUGUCUUUUAUACUGAUAACAAGUUCAAACAGGUGCCAUUAAUACAGGUAACGAGUGGAGGACAGAGGAGCCUCUUAAAGAAGAAGUUACAGGUCUGUGAAAGCCAGAAAUCUUGCUUGUUUGUAGGUGACCAAAUACUUAUUUUCCACCAUAAUUUGCAAAUAAAUUCAUAAAAAAUCCUACAAUGUGAUUUUCUGGAUUUUUUUCCCUCAAUUUGUCUGUCAUAGUUGACGUGUACCUAUGAUGAAAAUUACAGGCCUCUCUCAUCUUUUUAAGUGGGAGAACUUGCACAAUUGGUGGCUGACUAAAUACUUUUUUCCCCCACUGUAAGUAUAUUUUCGCAAUUACAUUUACUUUUGAUACUUAAGUAUAUUUCAAACCAAAUACUUUUAGACUUUUACUCAAGUAGUAUUUUACUGGGUGAUUCACAUUUACUUGAGUCAUUACUAUUAAGGUAUCUUUACUUUUACUCAAGUAUGACAAUUGGGUACUUUUUCCACCACUGGUUUAAUGACUCUGCCAGAUCAAAGGCAGUAGGGAUGACCAGGGAUGUUCUCUUGAUAAGUGUGCGAAUUGGACCAUUUUCCGGUCUUGCUAAGCAUUCAAAAUGUAAUGAGUACUUUUGGGUGUCAGGGAAAAUGUAUGGAGUAAAAAGUAAAUGAUUUUCUUUAGGAAUGUAGUGAAGUAAAACUUGUCAAAAAUAUAUAUAGUGAAGUACAGAUACCCCCAAAAAUUACUUAAGUAGUACUUUCAAGUAUUUUUACUUAAGUACUUUACACCACUGGAACUGCCCACCUGUGAUUGCAAUCACUUUUGUAUUGAUUUUGUUUGCAAGCUUUGUUUACCCUCAAUGUGUUGCUUUUGUUUUGUUUCAGAUCUAUACACCCCGAUUUAAAAUCACUGGCUCUUGGCAUGCAGACAUUGAUAGUCAGAACUCUGGGUAAGUAAGAUGAGUUUGUGGAGGGUAUGAACACUCUUAGAACCUUGUGGAACAUUCUCGAAAUGUUAUAUUUUCCUUCAAUUUCUAUGGUUAAGGAACUUGAGAAAGUAAAACACUUCAGUAACUUGUGUGUGUGUUUGCAGGUGGAAUCCUUCCUCCUAUAUACUUUGGAGCUUUGAUUGACAGGACGUGUCUGAAGUGGGGUUUAAAGCGAUGUGGGGGUCAAGGAGCAUGCAGACUCUACGACUCACAUGCAUUCAGGUACAGUCAACUGAACUCAACUGAUAAAUGGAUGGAUGGAUGGACUUUAUUAUAACCUAUGUCCCUUCUCUCCCCUGUAGAAACGUUCCUGGGUCUGAUCUAUGGUCUAUACAGCCUGGCCUACCUGCUGUGGGGGGUGCUGUACUGGCAGCUGUCCAAGCGGCAGAAGAAGUUGGUACUGCGAAGCCAGGCCAAGGCUACAGCCCUGGAGGCCAACGGGAACAACAAUCCCAAUAGACAUGCCAUGGUCAGCAUCUUUAAGAACAAAGAUGAUCUGGACAGGGACAGUGAGAGCACUAUCUGA